AUGUUGUUCACCAAAGAGCUUUCAUCUUUGCUCCUCUUCUGCGGUAUCUCGACUGCGGUGCCAACUUUCACUUCGUCCCAGAGGACUCGUGUCGACAGUCGUGAUGUCGCUGGGGUUGAUGCAACGUCCUCAAGCACGAACUCCACGAAUACCAUCCUUGAGCCAGUUCUGCCUCCUGAGCGUGAUACCGGCGUCUUGUCUCAAGCAAACAUCACUUUCCAAUACCCUUCUAUCCCACUCGACCAGUCCGCCUUUGUCUCUGGCGUCUCUUGCUCCUCGGGUACUCUCACGGCGACUCUGACCAAGGCUGCGUACGCCUACGCCAAAAAGGCAUGGAAGGGGGCCAGUCACAUCGUCUUCAUCACCGCUGCUGAUGGAUGUGGUAUGGACAAGGCCAACGACUUCUUCGUGACAAACUCUGUCGACUUCUCCGACAGCGACAACACAUUUAAGGCAGCAGGAAACUCGGCUACCUACCAGAAUGUCACACAGAAAUUCAACCUGCGAUGGGGCGACAUCGGUACCUACGACCUACGACGCUCGGUCGACAAGAGAUCUAUGUUCGAGCUGCAUCCCCUCACGAGACGUGCAUAUGCGGAAGCCUCGAUCGAGUGGUCUGCAUAUCUCAGUGAUCUCAUCGGUGAGGAGGAAGAUGCUCCGUGGGAGAAGGCCGCGCUUCUCUGGAAAUGGGGCAAAGAAGGUGGCGAGGAGGACGACUCAUACAAGAAGGGCGAGGUUGCAAGCGACAGUGGCCACCACAAGCGAUCGAACCUCACUAUGCUUGACAAGCGCGAACUUGACUAUGGUCUUGCCCUUUACUGCGUCGAAUGUGGCUUUGGCGGAUCGGCCAAGAUCUGGGGAGAGAUUGGUGCUUCAGCGACUUGGCUUCCUCCUUUCUUCGAAAUCGACACAGUUCAGUGUGGUUUUGGUGCUACCUUCAAAGCUGGACUCUACCUCGGCAUGGAGGCAUUCGUCAAGUACGAGAAGGAGUGGGAGAAGGAGCUAGCCAGAAUCCCUCUCGGUGGUUUCGCCAUCUCUGGCCUCGUUGAAGUAGGACCGUUCGUCAGCUUGGGUGUAGAAGCAAAAGUCGGUAUCGAGGCGACGGGUGAAUUGCUCAUCGGUGCGGGUGUUGAGUGGGAUAACAUCGACAUCAUGCUUGACUUGCUUGACUCUGGCAACAGCCAUGCCAAUGGUCUUGUACCCCAGUUCGUCCACAAGGCCGAGGCUCAGGGUCAGCUGUCAAUGGAAGCUUCUCUCGGACUGCCCAUCAAGCUAGGAAUCGGUGUCGACAUCUUCGACGGCUUGUGGGAGGCUGACGCUGCCGUCGUAGACACACCCUCUGUUGUGCUGGAAGGAUCUUUCGAGGUGUCCGCCGAGGUGACCGACGAGGGAACCAUAGAGUACGACAUCAACGGCGGGUGCUACGGAAUUGCGUGGAACAUCCAUUUCGAAAACACUCUCCAGGCCGUCGCGGAAGCAGACCUCUUUGGCUCCUGGGAAAUCGAUCUCAUCGAGCCCCAGAAGAGCGACCCCAUCUUCGAAGGCUGCAUUGGCUAUGUCAACGACGGCACGGGCGACAAUGAGGACUCCGCCGAGGGUACUGGAAGCAAUACCGGAGCUACAGGUAACGGUAUGACUGGUGAAUCCAAUGGCCUGGCUGGUGGCAACAAUGGCGCGGAGAAGGCCGCCUCCAGCGCAGCCGCGAGCUCUACCAUAGCAUCCUCUUCCAGCAAGGCCUCCAGCAGCAGCAAUGCCUCUUCCGGCAGCACGAAGGCCUCUACCAGCGCUAAGGCCACGAGCACGGCUAAGGCAUCUUCUUCCACCAAGCCGAGCUCAUCCGCCAAGACGACUUUGAAGACCAGUGCUAAGGCCACUUCGACUGCUAAGGCUACUUCGACAAAAAAGGCAACCUCUACUGCUAAAGCUACUUCUACUAAGAAGGCCACUUCGACGGCGAAUACUAAGAAAGUAACGUCGACAAAAAAGGCGACUUCCACGAAGAAGGCCACCUCCACGAAAAAAGCUAGCUCGAAAGGAUGCACGAAAAACUGCAUCGACUUUUGAGAGGAGAGGGUAGAGCGCUUCGCGGGUAAAGGUGGGGUCGGGUCUUGCAGCGCAAGUUUUGGAUCACCCGUUUCGUUGUGUACAUAUUUUCC